AUAGCAUUUACCGUCUUGCAAUGCCCUGAUCCAAUCACAUUUCAGGCGAGCGCAACGGAUGCGGUUUCAGACGAGAACUUGGCCUUCCUACUCUCCUGUUUAUCUGACUACCCCUCUCCUGACCCCACUGGAAGGACCUACCACGCCGGUCUCUUGCCCCAAGGCGAUAUUCUCUUGGACGAUAGGGAUAAACUAAGCAUUGGUCGAAAGCUGCUCGAUCUGCGUCGUCUCGGCGUUCCAUGGGUUGUUGUGGCCAAGGUCAGUUGA